CUUUCUCGUUUUUCUGCUCAUUACAUGGCAUUGAAACAAAACCCUUCAUGUUGGUCCCCCAAAGCUUUUCCGCUACUUUGUUGUCUUAUCUUGCAUCACAUUUUCUGCUACUCUAAUCUAAACAUUUUUAAAUUAAAUGACUGUAUUGCUCAUCCUUUGCUCAAGGCUUAUGAAUGAUCCUAUCCUACUUUCUCAGUUUUCAGUUUCACUGCUUGGUUUGGUAACACCUGACUGGAACAUCCAUUUCAAGAUAAGAGAGAGAAAAAAAAAACCCUUAGAUCAUUGACCCUCUUGCAGAAUCAUAUAUAUACAUUUUUAGACCAAGGCACAGGUGUGUUAUCCAAGUUAUAAGCUUCAUGAAUAGGAUAUUUCCUGGUUUUGUCUCUGAGAAGAAAGGAAUGAUGGGUUGAGUCAUCGGUUAUGGAUGAGAGUAGAAACGGGCUGUUACUUGCUCUGGGAUUAUCGGCAUCUCUCUAUGGAUGAGACGAAGAAGGGAAUCUUUUCCUCUAUCGAGAUCUCUAAUACAUGAUUCUCCGGUUACUUGUCGCUGCUUCAGUUGCAGCCUUCACAGUUAAGAAGCUCAAUGGUAAAUCCUCAAGACAGAGAAAACGUUCAGGAAAUGGCCAAGCUGGGGAUACAGAGCUGGUCACUGAUACCAACAAUCUCAAGGAUAGAAAGGUGGAAGAGGAAGAAGAGGAAGAAGAAGAGGUUAAACUGAUCAACAGUGUAUUCAAUCAGGCUCGUGGAAGUAUAUCGGAUUUCCUAGAUGAUGAGAUUGAAAACCUUUUAUCCGGGGAGAUUGAUUAUCCGUUGCCUAAUGACGACUUGGAUAAAGCAGAGAAAGAAAGGGUGUACGAGAACGAGAUGGCGUAUAAUGAAAGUGAACUCGAUAGAUUGAGGAACUUAGUGAAGGAACUAGAAGAAAGAGAGGUAAAACUCGAAGGAGAACUGCUCGAGUAUUAUGGGCUCAAGGAGCAAGAAUCCGACUUUGUAGAAUUACAACGGCAGCUCAAGAUCAAGACAGUUGAGAUCGAUAUGCUAAAUAUCACGAUAAAUUCCCUGCAAGCUGAGAGGAAAAAGCUUCAAGAGGAAAUAUUGCAGAAUGCUGUGGUGAGAAAGGAGCUGGAUGUGGCGAGAAACAAGAUCAAGGAAUUACAGAGACAGAUUCAGCUCGAUUCUAACCAGACAAAAGGGCAGUUACUGUUGCUUAAGCAGCAUGUUUCAAGUCUUCAGGUAAAAGAGGAAGAAGCCAUGAAGAAAGAUGCUGAAGUGGAGAGAAAGCUGAAGGCUGUGCAGGAAAUGGAAGUUGAGCUCAUGGAACUCAAAAGAAAAAACAGAGAGCUUCAACAUGAAAAGAGAGAGCUGACUGUAAAACUCGAUGCUGCAGAAACAAGAAAUUCAGCCCUUUCCAACUUGACCGAGAGUGAUAAGGUCGCCAAAGCAAGAGAAGAGAUAAACAAUCUGAGGCAUGCAAAUGAAGAUUUGUUAAAGCAGGUGGAAGGGCUUCAGAUGAAUCGGUUCAGCGAAGUAGAGGAGUUGGUGUAUCUCCGUUGGGUCAAUGCGUGUCUAAGAUACGAACUAAGGAACUACCAAACACCAGCUGGAAAAAUCUCAGCUCGUGACCUCAGCAAGAACCUGAGUCCUAAAUCACAAGAAAGAGCCAAACGGUUGAUGUUAGAGUAUGCGGGUUCAGAACGUGGGCAAGGAGAUACUGAUAUGGAGAGCAACUUCUCUCACCCUUCGUCUCCAGGAAGUGAGGAUUUCGACAAUGCUUCCAUCGAUAGUUCCACAAGUAGGUUUAGCAGUUUGAGUAAAAAACCGGGUCUGAUCCAGAAACUUAAGCGAUGGGGCAAAAGCAAGGAUGAUUCAAGUGUUCAGUCUUCACCCUCGAGAUCAUUCUAUGGUGAGUCACCGAGCAGAAUGAGUAUGAGCAUACAAAGACAAAAGGGUCCUUUAGAAUCUUUGAUGCUCAGAAACACGGGCGACAGUGUAGCCAUCACGACGUUCGGUAAAGCUGAUCAAGAAAUCACUGAAAACCCUAACCUCCCAGGAAUCAGAACAGAACAAGAAUCUCCAAGUGAAUCUUUGAACAAUGUAGCAUCAUCCUUUCAGUUGAUGUCAAAGUCAGUUGAUGGUGUUAUGGAUGAAAAGUAUCCUGCAUAUAAAGACAGGCACAAGCUGGCUCUGGAAAGAGAGAAGCAUAUUAAGCAGAAAGCAGAUCAAGCAAGAGCAGAACGGUUUGGGGGUAGUGCGAAUUUGCCUCCAAGACUUGCUCUGAUAAAGGAGAAAAAAGUUCCCUCGGCUUCAGGCACGACAACCGACCAAUCUAACGACGGUAAAGCCAGUGAAAACGAUCAAACCGUAACCAAAAUGAAGCUUGUGGAGAUUGAGAAGCGACCAACUAGAGUUCCUCGUCCACCUCCAAGACCAUCUGGGGUAGCUGGGGAUGGUAAAAGCACGAGUUUACCCUCAACACCGCCUCCUUUACCCGGUGGCCCGCCUCUUCCUCCACCUCCGCCACCUGGUGGGCCACCACCUCCACCACCGCCACCUGGAGCCAUUGGGAGAGGAGCAGGCAGUGGGAACAAAGUUCACCGAGCUCCAGAGCUCGUUGAGUUUUAUCAAUCAUUGAUGAAACGUGAAGCGAAGAAAGAUGGGUCCUCUCUCCCGGCUUUAGGAGGUAGUAAUGCAUCAGAUGCUAGGAGCAACAUGAUUGGGGAGAUCGAGAACCGAUCAACAUUCCUUUUAGCAGUAAAAGCUGAUGUGGAGACACAAGGCGACUUCGUUCAGUCGUUGGCAAGUGAAGUCCGAGCUGCUUCUUUCACCAACGUAGAUGACCUCGUGGCAUUCGUGAACUGGCUAGAUGAAGAACUUUCCUUUCUGGUGGACGAAAGGGCAGUUCUUAAACACUUUGACUGGCCGGAAGGGAAAGCCGACGCACUACGAGAAGCGGCUUUUGAAUAUCAAGAUCUCCUGAAACUGGAGAAGCAAGUGACUUCUUUUAUCGAUGAUCCUAACCUUCCCUCCGAACCCGCCUUGAAGAAAAUGUACAAGUUGCUGGAGAAAGUUGAACGAAGCGUAUAUGCGCUUUUACGCACGAGGGACAUGGCUAUUUCCCGAUACAGAGAGUUUGGGAUUCCAGCUGAUUGGUUAAUGGAUUCAGGAGUUGUCGGAAAGAUCAAGCUUUCAUCAGUUCAACUUGCGAGAAAAUACAUGAAACGAGUGGCCACUGAACUCGAUUCAAUGAGCGGGUCAGAGAAAGACCCUAACAGAGAGUUCUUGAUUCUCCAAGGUGUUCGAUUCGCUUUCAGGGUUCACCAGUUUGCGGGAGGAUUCGAUGCAGAAAGCAUGAAGGCGUUCGAAGAGCUGAGGAGCCGAGCUAAAACAGAAACAGGGGAAACAGGGGAAGGAAACAAUAAUGAACAAGAAGAAACUGUAAACUGAAUUUUUUUUAGUGUCAUGUCUCUUCUAUAAUCAUGUCGUAUUAUAUACUUAAAGAUCUGAAAAUGACAAUAGUACAGUUAAAAACAGUAGAAGAUUUGAGGAGAUGAAGGACUUUUUGAAGAUAUGGAGGUGUAUACUGUAUAGUGUAUACACAUUACACA